AUGGCGAUUUCAAAACUCAAAUUCUUGCAAGAAAAGAAGACAGCACUUACCAAGCAGCAGAGGAGGCAAUUGGCUGACUUACUUGGUGCUGGAAAGGAAUCUAGUGCCAAAAUCCGAGUGGAGAACAUUAUAAGAGACGACAUUUACAUCGAGCUUUUGGAGUUUCUUGAACUCUACUGCGAGCUUUUGCUUGCCCGAAUUUCGAUCAUUUUGGAUACGCUGAGGCAUGAGGUGGACCCUAACUUGAAAGAAGCGAUUCUGCUGGUGAUAUACUCUUGCCAUCAUACGGAAGUCAAGGAGUUGAUCACUUUGGGUGAACUUUUCAAGCAUAGAUACGGACCUGAAUUCGCCGCUGCCGUCCAGACGAACUCAAACAGUGAGUACGUUCCAGAGAAGAUCGUCAAGAGAUGUGCAGUUGAUCCACCUUCAGAGACGCUUGUGGAUUUGUACUUGGGAGAAAUUGCCCGGACCUACAGUGUGCCAUAUCUGGGGCUCAAAGAUGAACCUCCGAAGCUAGAACUUUCCAAAGAUGACGACGAUAAUGAUUCCGGAAGCGAGGGAGGGUUACCCGAGGAGCCUAUAGCGGCUGAUUUCGAGCAAAGACCCAGUGUUGCUAAGCAGACAGCCCCGCCAAAGCCUCAGCUGGAGUUUGAUGAUUUGAAGGCCCGUUUCGCUGCUUUGAAGAAGUAG